AUGCGAUACCUUUUAAAUGAAAGGGAAUCAUAGAUAUGUACAUUAAGCAUGCAUGUGAUGAGCCAAACAUUUUAGAUAUGCUUGAAGGUGGCACUGUUCCACAUAAAGCAUUGAUGAAGGUACAAUGAAUUUUUCUAGAAGUGAUGCAAAUGAUGAGGACAUUGAGGAGUGUUGUGUGACACAAAAUUCACAACCAACCGCAAAUUGUAAUAAAGCUUCAAAAACAGUUAAAGGUGAUGGUGAUGAAACAGAUGUAAUGCAUGGAGGUGAUGCAGCCCAACAACAAGAUCCAAAGAAGAAUAAUCAUGAUGAUAAGGAGUUGCCUGAUAUUGUGCACAGUGAUGCAAAUGAUGAGUACAUUGGGGAAGGUUGUGUGACACAAAAUUCACAACCAACCCCAAAUUAUAAUGAAGCUUUAGAAACAACUAAAGGUGAUGGUGAUGAAACAGAUGUAGCGCAUGAAGGUGAUGUAGCCCAACAACAAAAUCCAAAGAAGAAUGAUCAUGAUGAUGAGGACUUGCCUAAUAUUGUGCAUAGUGAUGCAGAUGAUGAGAAGGGCGAAAGGGUUCCUGUAAGAAUUAAUAACCAUGGAGAUUUGGGUUCUGAUUUUAGCUUUGAAAAUAGUGAAGAUGAAUUUGAGGUUUCUAGUGAUGAUUCAAGUGACUACCUUGUUGCCGAUGAAGAUGAACUUACAAAGAAAAAGAUGUAAGAACUACUAUAAGUGGUGAUUUACGGUUUAAUCCUUCAUGGACUAAUGUUUCGUUUAAGGUAGGGAUGAAGUUUGAGCAUGUAGCACAGUUUAAAGAGACUAUAGCUAAGUACCAAAUUCAAAAAGGCUACAGGUUGAAACCUGUUAAAAGUGACCCCACCAGGCAAAGAAUUUACUAUGUUGAUCAACAGUGCAAUUGGCAAAUCUUUGCCAGUUUUGAUAAAAAUGACAAGACUUU